AUGGAAAUAAACAGUCAUGAUAAAUUUGAAACUAUAUUUUGGAAAGUUUUCCACAAUAGAUAUAUAUUAACGCAAAUUUUCAAGAUUAUGAAAGAAGACCCAAUAGAAUUAAAUAAAUAUUAUCUGGGACACCGUAGAUGUUUUUCAAAAAUCAGAUCAUUGGGGUGGCUAUUAGAGAAUGAUAAAUCAUUCAUGAUAUUAAAGAUGAAAAUGAGGGCAAAGGAAAAGUUAAUAAUAGAAAGAUCUACAAUUCUCAAAUUAUUUACACAUUGCAAUUUAGAUGAAGAAACUAUCAACUUAUUUUUUGACAACUAUUAUAAUGAACAAUCUUAUGGAUCGGUAAAAUGGCUUAUAGAAAAAUCAAUAGAGAGUGGAAAUGUAAUGAUUUUAAAAUAUCUCAUUUCAAAAUAUGAAUUUAGAAUCAAAAGAAAUCUUUUAAGACUUGCACUAACAAGUAACUCCAUACAAGUUAUUGAGUAUUUAUAUAAAGUAAUUGAGGAGCAAACAAAGCAGCAAGAUGAGGAAGAAAAAGAGGAACCAUUACCAUUAACACUGCUUGUAAAUAAAGUUGAUUUAACCGACUAUGAUCCAGAUCCAUACAAUUUCCAAGCUGAAACGUUCAAAAAAGGAGUUUUUUUAUUGGCAUUGCACAACCACAAUCGAUUUAUAAUGGAAUAUAUUCUCAACAACCCCCAACUGUAUGAAAGAGUAGAUGGAUAUUGUAAAGUCUCAGAAAAUGAAGUUUUUAAAAUCUCUUCACCCUCUAUCAAAAUCAAAAUAUUAGAAAUGGAUCUUGUCAAUAUUUCAAACAUUAAAAGCUUUUUAUUUUCAUUACAAGAAUUAUUAUACGAAGAUCAAGAUAAAUCCUCACAAUUAAUUUGCAAAAAUAAAGUUGAAUCACAAAGCAAAGAAGAUCUUAUUAUCGAAACCAUGAAAUUUUAUGUAACCCUAGUCUAUAUGAUCAACAAUGAAACAAAAUUAGAAAUACCAAAUGAAUAUAAAGUAAUUUUUCAAUGCAAGAAAUAUAGUAACCAAGAAAAAGCUUCGAAACUAAUUGAAAUUUUGAUCAAAGAAGUAAAGAAAAACAAAAAAACAUCCAUCGACAGCUCAAUUAUUAAAUAUUACUGGAAUGAAUUAAAUGGAAAAUCGCUCUAUAGUUUAUAUCAUUGUAAUGCGAAGCAGCAAGACAAAGAAAGUAAUGGCAAAAAGAAAGUUGAAAACCUGUUUGAAAUAGAGAAUUUAGAUUUUUUAUCAACUUUUGAAUCGUGCAGUUUAAAUGGAUUACAGUAUUUAUUUGAAGUGGGUUUUGACUUUAGUGAUCAACACAGUAUUAACUCAAUGAAUUUAUUACCUUCAGAUUUCGAAAAUGGUCGCAAUAAUUCAAGGGUAUUAGAUUUUUUAAAGUUAUUUAACACAAAAACCAAACAACUAUUAGAACAUAAUAAAAUAGCCCAAUUAAAAAUUAAAAAAAGCAAAGCAAGAUCAAACAAUAAAAAUAAAGAAGCCAAUACACAACAAUCAGAAAUACAACAUAAAAUAAAACUACCAGACCAAUUUAUUAGAAUGGUUUUAAGCUACUGCCCAAUAGAUAUUUUAGAAGCCAUUUUAGAAAAUAAACUAAUACCAGUCAUGAACUUUGUAGAAAAUAGAGAUAUAUAUAUAAAUUCAAAUUCAAUACAGACUUUACAAUGGUUUAUAGAAAAUAAAACAAUAGAAAAAUCAAUAGAAAAACUAUCAUCCAUGAAUUUACCAAUACCGAAAUCACCAUUCUAUACAAACAAUGCAGAAUUUAUAGUAGAAAAUGAAAACAAUAUAGAUUUUAUAAUACAGCUUAAUACCCUCAAAAAAAAUUCAGAUAAUAGAAAUAAUAAUAAAAUAAUACUAUCAAAUUUAUUUGGCAAAAUAAAGAUUAAAUUUAAGAAUUUAGAUCAAUUAAAAUACUAUCAAAAAAAUACCGGAGAAAGCGUUUCAUUAAUGUUUUUAGAAUUAUUUAAAAAUAGAAAGUUAAUUGGUGAAAAUUUUAAAACCAUUGAAGAUCUAAUAGAAUGGUCAAAUUAUUUCGAAAGGGAUCAAUAUAAAGGUUUUACACAAAUAAACUAUAUACAACUUAUAGAUCUAUAUACCAACAUUUAUAAAUUAGUAUCAAGUGAAGGUGAUAAGGAACUCUAUCAGCUCAUAGAUUUUAAUAUUUCAAAAUUCCCAGCUAUUGAUUUAUUAUUCAAUUCAUUGGAACUUUCAACAAUUAAAUUAAUAUUAGAAAACCAAUAUUUCAAUAUUGAAAAUGAAUAUAGUCAACUCAAUAUACAAUCAUAUAUUAAUGGUUUAAUGCCAAACACCGAUAAUAAUUUAUACAAUACUAAAUUCUAUGAUAACCAUUCAAAACUUAAUUUCACAUCAAUUUUUUCAUUGGCCAAAUACCUAUUGUUCAAGCUAUCAGAGAAAUCAAUUAUACUGUUCCACCACUACUUUAGAAAGAUAUAUAAAAGAGCCCUAACCUGUCCAGAUGCAACCCUAUAUAAAGUAAAAGAAUUAGACGAACUCUAUAGACAAUUCUCUGUACCAUUAAUAGGUGAAUUUUAUCAUCUAUAUUAUUACCUAAAAAUGAAAUCGACAAAACUAGUUAAAUAUAUAGAGUCUGCUCCAGUAUUAAAAGAUUAUAUCACAAUUGUAAAGAAGUAUGAAAAAAAUGAAAUUUGGAUACCGCCAGAUACCAAUCUCAAUUUAAACAACUCGAACUUCUCAAUUAACUAUCUUAUCAACAAUACUUUUGAUGACAUAUUCAUUAAAUUAAGGUUCCACUUGACAGAGAGUUUAACCACCUUAAAUACAAUAGGUUAUGAAAAAAGUUGGGAAAACGAUUUAAACUUUUUAGCAUCAAUACACAACCUUGUAGUAAUGGAUGAAAUUCUUUUAGCAAUCGAUUAUAGUAGGUUCCCACUUAAAAAUUCUUGGCUUAAUAAAUUUUAUGAAAAAAUUAAUAAUGUGUUUGAAGAUCAUCAAAUCCAAAAUUUAAAAACUAUAAUUUCAAAGGCUUCAAAUAAAUAA